CAUAGAGUAUGUGCGAUCUUGUCCUGAUUCUGUUUGCAGGUCUACAGUUAUUAUCUGAAGAUGAUGACGAAUUACACUAAUGACCCUUUACAAUUUAAAAUGGUAUGACGUAACACAUCCUCCUUCACAGAAAUCACGUGACUUGGAGGGUUUGACAAGAGCUCGUGAAAACUACCUGAUCGCAGCUGUCUUUCAGUUCGGAUGCGGCCAAGCGCGACAUGAUGAGGAACCAUUCUUUCCUUGUUUGGGUUUUAUUACUUGUGGACGGUGUGUUUGCCAUUGAUGAAGUGUCAGUGUCAUUAAUGGUGAGAGAUUCUGUCACUCUACACUCUGGUGUUACAGAAAUACAGAGAAAUGAGAAGGUGCUGUGGAAUAUUCAAGGUGAACACAAAUUCUUAGCCGUAAUUAAUAAAGAAGACAAUGACAUCUCAGUACCUGGAAAUAAUGAUGAGAGAUUCAAAGGCAGAUUGGAGCUGGAUGAUCAGACUGGAUCUCUGACCAUCACAGACACCAGAAUCACAGACUCUAGAGUUUAUGAACUACGGAUCAGCAGCAGCAAUGACAUCAAACACAAGAGAUUCAAUGUUGCUGUCCACGAUGAAAUGAAGACAGAAUCAGUGAAGGAGGGGAAAUCUAUCACUCUACAUACUGGUGUUGUUGAAAUACGGGGAUAUGAUCUGAUAUUAUGGAAGUUUGAAGACUAUAUCAUGGCUAGGAUCAAUAGAACAGCCAAUCGGUUCUCAUUAUAUGACAGUGCUCAUGGGAAAUUCAAAGACAGACUGGAGCUGCAUCAGACUGGAUCUCUUACCAUCAUUGACACCAGAACCACAGACUCUGGAGUUUAUCAUCUAAACAUGAGCAGCAGCACACAUACCGUUCAAAGGACAUUCGGUGUUACUGUCAGAGGUGCUGCAUCAGGGAUACGUGGUGCUGGUGUUGGUCUGGUGGUUUGGGCUGUAACUGCUUUUUUGCUGCAAGAUUUGUAGACAACCAAGGCAAAGGCAAUCUGCUGUUUCCCAACUACUGAAACAGAAUUGAAAUCAACCAUCUUUGCUGCUGAGCUGAGUAAUUGUAUCUUAAUGAUUGUGUUUUCAAUCUGUGCUUAAUGUAAAUUUUGCACCUUGAAUGUAAAUGUAAAAAAAAAUCUUAAAUGUGAGAUGAAUGUAGUGAGAUGUAUCUAACUGGUGUUUUCAAACUCAUCUUUAAAGAAAACCCAAACAUGAAAUGAAUGAAAAAGAUAGUUUUGAGUCUGUGUGGAGAAUCUCCACACAAUAAAUGGCUCAUAUGCUCCUCCUCAUGGCAACAAUACCUUUGUAUGGUACCCUGUAAAGACCAAAAAUAAUUCACAUUAAAAAUGUGAAAAUCAUAAAACAUUGUUCAGACCAUCUUCUGACGUGGUCAGUUUAUUUGCUUUAGAGUGGCUGAGACUGCUUAAAAAAUUUGUUUGGAGCAUGCACAAAUAAUGUCAAAAUUCAGACCCUUGAAAUAAGCUAUAGAUGUGAAAACAACCUGAUACAUAUAUUGCUGUACUGUCUGAUAAAUAAAACUGCCAUCUAGUGGAGAACUAUUGACUAAUGGUUUGAUUCUAUUCAUUUAGAAAAAUGUAAAAAUCUGUUUUUUUUUUUUGAAUAUG